AUGCCGGAAAGAAAUUAUGAUGACGAUGAUGAUGAUGUAGAGGAGGCGGGGUAUGAAGGUGCCUUGGAUGGCUCGGUGGACGAACCAAGUGAUAUGCUUCCAGAAGCAGCUCUUCUGUCGGACGACACACCCGGCCUCGAGACAUCUUUGUCCCAAAGUGGAAUGUUAGCUCGAGACAAGCAAAAGAAAACGGCAUACUUUGAUUAUCUCGCGGAGAAGGAGAUGAGCCAGGCAGAUUCGAAGUUAUUCUUUCAACGCAGUCAGUUGGAAGGUCAUAAAACUGGUAGCGGCAGCAAUUGGGGUAAUUCUCAGAAGUCUGCAGUUCCUAGCCCUGUUUUGAAGCCUAAAUCAUUCUCUAACGUUUUAGACUCUGAGCAAGGAGGGUUGCAUAGAUCUGGAAGUCAAGCUUCGGGGAAAAGCGCACAGAAUCUUCCACAGCUCAAUAAAUUCAGAAGUGCUCCUCCUAUUGGUCUUGCAGAUCUUGGGAAGCAUCCAGAAAGCGCUGUGAUUCAAGAACCGAGUCUCGCUGCGGGUGCCUUUGUUCAUACUCCUGGGGCGCAUGAUAGACGAGAAUCUUUACUUAGGGCAGACAAGGAAGCUAGAGAUCAUACAGCUCAUCCAGGGCUUCCACAUGAACAUAAACCGUUGUUAGAAAUGGAAGGAUUGCAUGGUGCAGGUGCCGGUGUUGGCCUUGGUUCUGGUGCCGGUGGUUUUGCAAACACUGACGCCCACAUAACUGCCGAGCUCGCAUCCAUCUACACUAAUAUCCAAAAGGUAAUCGAUAUUAGACAUAAGUACAUUCGCCUGUCGUUACAAGAAGACGGUGAUAAUCCUAAAGACGACCCGAAUUGGAAUAUUUACCCACCGCCACCUCAGCCAUCAUGGCACGAUGAGAGAGCGAAAGAGGCAGCAACAAAUGCAAGAAAUAGUACAGCAAACAGCUUGGCUAAUAGCAUGGUAUUGCCACCUCAGACUGAUGCUCAUAGCCACCAGCGAACUCUCAGUGGUGCAGCCUCAGAAUUGUCAAUUUCUCAAGCUACUAGUGCCCCAAAAACUCCGCUCCGUAGGCGAAAACCUGGACAAGAUAUCGGUUCUGAUUUCGAAAUGGAAGAUCUCCUCCCUCUUCCUCCGCCAGGGGAGAUGACCUUCCGACUUGAUGGUAGUGGAGUGUUCCAAGUUUAUGAGAACUCAAAGCUUCAAGAACUUGAUACUCCAGUAAUCAACAUUCCUGAUAUCAGAGAAUUUUACAUGGAUUUAGAACAAAUCCUCAAUGUCUCGUCUGAUGGUCCAAGUAAGAGUUUUGCCUUUCGUCGUUUGCAGUAUUUGGAGGGCAAAUUCAACCUUUACGUCCUUCUCAAUGAGUACCAAGAAAUGGCGGACAGUAAACGUGUACCGCAUAGGGAUUUCUACAAUGUUAGAAAGGUUGAUACCCACGUUCAUCACUCUGCUUGUAUGAACCAGAAGCAUUUACUCCGUUUCAUCAAGAGUAAAAUGAAGAAGAAUCCUGAUGAGAUUGUCAUGUUCAGGGAUGGUAAGCAUCUCACACUAGCUGAGGUUUUUCAAAGUAUCAACUUGACAGCUUAUGAUUUAAGUAUUGAUACUCUCGAUAUGCACGUUCCACGGCUGUUCGACGUUUAUAAAUCUAGUGGUUUGAUGGAGAACUUUGAACAAGUUAUCAUUAAUCUCUUUCAACCGCUGUUUGAGGUCACGAAAGAUCCAUCCAGUCACCCGAAGCUUCACAUCUUCCUUCAACGGGUUAUUGGAUUCGACAGUGUGGAUGAUGAGAGUAAAGCUGAAAGGAGAUUGUUUAGAAAGUUUCCUGUUCCGAAAGUAUGGGACUCUAAGCAAAAUCCACCCUACAGCUAUUGGAUCUACUACCUUUUUGCCAAUAUUUCUUCCUUGAAUGUGUGGCGCAAACAACGUGGCUUCAACACAUUCUUACUGCGACCUCAUUGUGGAGAAGCCGGUGACACUGAUCAUCUGGCUGCCGCGGUUCUUUGCUGUCACAGCAUCAGUCAUGGUUUGUUGCUCCGCAAAGUACCUUUGCUGCAAUACAUCUUCUAUCUCGAGCAGAUUGGAGUGGCAAUGUCCCCUUUGAGUAAUAAUGCACUGUUCUUAGCAUAUGAAAGAAAUCCUUUUCUUUCUUAUUUCAAACGAGGUCUUAAUGUCUCUCUCUCCACUGACGAUCCUCUUCAAUUCGCCUUCACAAAAGAACCCCUCAUCGAGGAAUACUCUGUCGCUGCACAAAUUUAUAAGCUUAGCGCAGUAGAUAUGUGUGAAUUGGCAAAGAAUUCGGUCAAACAAAGUGGGUUUGAGCAUUCUGUCAAGCAAAGAUGGUUGGGUCCAGACUAUGACCUACCUGGAGUUAAGGGUAACACGAUGGCAAAGAGCAAUGUCCCAAAUAUCAGGGAAGGCUUCCGACAUGAAACUUUGAUGCAAGAAUUAUCCAUGAUUGAACGUUACACUGCUUUGUCAACUCCAGCAAUCCAAACAUCAGCUCCAGCAGAAGGUAAUUCCUUCUUUCCAGGACCACGGCCACAUUCGCCAACAUCAUCCAUGAAAGCUUCUGCUAGCGUGGUAGAUCAUGGUCCGCAACAAUAUCAGCAUCACCCUGCUCAGGCUGCCCGCAUCCCACUAUCCCAUUCUCAGCUGCACGUAGAUUCUCAUUUAAAGCACCACCAAAAAGGCACAGAUAGUCCAUCUGGUUACGCUACUCCAAAUCAACAAACACAACCCAACUCAUCGUUCAACUCACCACAUUCAGCCAAUAAAGGACGCGAAAAGUCCUGGGGAUUGGAAGCGAGCUUUAGUGAUCUACAUCUAUCAGGCAGUGAACCAAGGAUCUUUCCCGGUUUGGUCAGUAGAAAGCAAAGGAGGGAAAGCACCAGAAAGAAUAGUGUGACGGAGAGUGACGAGCAUGGUUUGAUGAUGUUGAAGAGAGGGAGCAAUAACAAGAGUGUUACUACAUUAGAUGAAGAGAACGACGCGCAACAGAGCGAUGUAGACAUCGAUGAUGCUGCCGAUUCGAAUUGA